AUGGAAAAUCCAGCCGUGAACGUAGAAGUUAACGCAAGGGUUUGGUAUCAAGAUCCGUGGAAAGGAUGCUUAAGCAAGGUGGUAAUUAGUCUAAGUCGGGAAGUUGAGGAAUUUCUCUUAGACGAGAGCGACGGUAGUGUCUCGAGUCUCCGAUCUCAUCCUUCUUCUUCUCCUCCCGAUCCGUUAAUCUCUCUCGAGUUCCAAAAUCUCAUACCAAUCUACGUCUUACGACAUCUCCGUAACCAUCUCCACGACCCUCUCUUGUUUCGACUAGUUUCUAAAAAGAUUCUUGUCGCAGCCAAAGGGAGAGACUUGUCGCGGCCAUCCUUGUUCAUGAUCAUUGCCGUCAAACUCACCCAAAAAGAGUACCUCGUUGUGCCUUCGGUAUCUGCUCCUUCGACGGCAACAGAUCCGGACCAAGAGAGCUGUGCGAUCUGUUUGGAGAACAUGUUGGAAUCGAAGACCAACCACAUCUGCCAAUUGCCUGAUUGUUCGCAUCUGUUUCAUGAACAAUGUCUCAACAAGUGGCUAGAUCGACAACAAAACUCAUGCCCUCUUUGUCGUCAAUCUGUCGACAUCUUAGCUUGA